AUGGAUACCGACGACAAAGGAUAUACGAUUACCUACGACCCUGUCAAAGGUAAGUGUCUUGUUGCAACAAAACACUUUAAAGUAGAUGAUUUAAUUUUUGAAGAAGAACCAUUUGUGUCCUGUCAAUUUUCUUGGAAUAGUCUUUAUGGUUAUCGUGCUUGCAAUCAUUGUCUUUGCCCUUUAGAAACUACCUCAGAAAAUAUUGUCAGAUUAACAAAUGCUGCUAUAACAGAAAUCCCUUUUGAAGAGUAUUGUCCUAUAAAAGAUAAUACACAUAACUAUGUACAAUGUGAAUCUUGUAAAGUUUGGUAUUGCAGUUCUACAUGUUUGGAAACUGCAUAUAAUCGAUAUCACCAGCUUCUUUGCAGGCCAGACAGCAAUGAUCCAUUGCAUUAUUUAGAAGAGUUAUGGAGGACAAUGCAUUAUCCUCCUGAAAGUCACAACAUCAUGCUAUUGUGUCGUUUGCUGGCAACAAUUGAAUUAUCUGCAUCACCACAGCAAGCUAAUCAGACAGUUUCUAAUUUUUGCCAUCGAACAGAAAAUGAAAAUGAACAUUUAGCACAUAAAAUGCUCGGAGAAAAGUUUGUUGAGCAAAUUGAACAACUUCGUUUUGGUGUUCUCAAGUCCAUGCCAGUUAGAGAAUCUAGUCAAUGGCUAACUCCAACUGGUUUUAAAUCAUUGUUGGCAUUGGUUGGAACAAAUGGACAAGGUGUUGGAACAAGUGUUUUUCAUCAAUGGGCAAAUAAUUGUAAAAAACAUCUUUCUCCUGAUCAAAUGGAAUUAUUUGAACAGUUCAUAGACAGUGCUUAUGACGCAAUGGAACAAGUUGUUGGAGUGGAUUUUUUGGAUAAUGAAGGUUCUGCAUUAUUUCAAAAUCAUAGUUCGAUCAAUCAUAGCUGUUUUCCAAAUGCAGCAAGUGUUUUUGAUGGUAAUCAUGUUCUGAGAUUGGUUGCUAUUAGAAUGAUUGAACCAGGUGAUGAAAUAAAUAUUAGCUAUAUUGCUCCAUGUGAAUUAGACCAUAGCAGACAUACUAGGCAAAAAUAUUUACAAGAAAACUAUGUAUUUACUUGUCGGUGUAUUAAGUGCGAGGAACAAAUUAAUGAUCCAGACAUAACAAGUGAUGAUGAUUCAGAGAUGGAAGAUGAUAGUACCUGA